ACCCAGUAAAACCAUUGCUACCCUCCAGACCACGACAUUUCCAGUAUGAAAUUUUUGUUCCUUGUGUCGGCAGUGUUGAUGGUCGCCUUAGUAGGGUUGAUCUGGGCCCUGCCUGGCCCUGACGCUGUGGCCGAUCCAGAUCCUCAGUUUGGAUUUAGUGGUCGUGGAUUUGGCUAUCGUGGUUUCGGAGGUGGAUUUGGUCAUCGCGGAUUUGGUCAUCGCGGAUUUGGACAUCGCGGAUUUGGACAUCGCGGAUUUGGUCAUGGAGGAUUUGGCUAUAGAGGAUUUGGUUAAUCCUGAGGUGCGUUCUUCCCAACUGCCUCUCCACCCCUGAUUAGUCUCUCCAGUUCGAUGGCUUUUUUCGACGAAAGUAAACAACAGUAAUUAACGUCUAACGAAGCAAAGGACAAAAUUAGAAUCCUAUAGCCAUUGAGCCAAGUGUCUAAGAAAAACAUGAUCUGGAUACAUGGAGGAUGCUUUGUAUACUGGAGUACACCCAGGUUCACUACUGGAAGGCAUCCAGCACGUUAUCCUCAGCAUCCAACUCCUCUAGCAAUCCAACUCCUCCAGCAUCCAGCUUCUCCAGUAUCCAGCUUCCAAUAUCCAACUCCUCCAGCACGUCAUCCUCAGCAACCAACUCCUCCAGCAUCCAGCCUCCAACAACCAAUCUCAUCAAUCUCUAGCAACUCCUUGAGCGAAACGCUGGGGUUAACCAACACUUACCUCUCUUUCCUUCUCGUUUAUUUGUAACUACCGAACUGAUUAGUAAUUGGCAGAAUCACUAAAAAAUAAAUAUUUUUUAAUA